CCCUUUGGCUUGUUUAGCGUGUGUUUGUAAUUUCAUUUGUGAUUUUAAUUUUCUGUCAGGCGAAUUUGGAAUAUAGAUUAUUUGAUGCGCAUCGACUGCACUGAAUACGAAAAACACAUAACACAAUGGAUCAUCGUUUCAGUUUAAGUAUUAAUUCGCCGCGUUUAUCAAAUCCGAUUGCCGAUUCCACAUGGAUUGAUGGACCGCCCACGUCGAGCCGACCAACGGUGUUCCAGCUAAGUCCCAAACAGCGCAGCAACUCCAGCGUUUGCUUAAGUAAUAGUUAUACAAUUGAGACGCCACAGAAUAAAACCUUGCAUCAGACAUCAAGAACAACAACAAGCAUCUCCAGAAUGACGCGCCAAAAAUUAAAUCUCAGUCAGAUAGACCCCAAAACAUAUGCGGAUGUGCACAGCAGCGGUUUGGCGUCCCGGAUUGUUAAGUAUCAUCAGGAGAGCAGCACUGGACUGCAGCGGAGCAUGUCCUUUAACAAUUUGUAUAACCCAAUUACACAGCCACGGAGAACAAGUAUCGCAGCAUCACCACUCUCACACAAGCCGAAUCUGCCAUCGCUGUCAAUGACACGGAUUGCUCCGCCAGAGCGUAGUUUUUAUUGUGGCAAUACGCUACCUAGUCUGCUGCGAUCAAAUUCGUUGUUGGGCGUGGAGAAGUGCACCGAACAGCUGUCACGCGAAAAUCGUCCCAUUCUGCAUCCACAGCCGUUGCAACACGAAAGCGAACCGACGCGCAGUGUCCUGGAGGAGCUAAAGGAGAUAUCGCGAAAGCGAAUUAACAGCGGCGAUAUACAACAAAAUGAUUACAACACCAAAAAGAGUUGCAAUCGCAUGACGGAUUUUGUGGAUCAUCAUAAUCUUCAUUCACAGCAACAGCAACAGCAGAUGUCCAUGUUGCAGCCACAAGGCGGUUCUAAGCGUCAGCGUGAACUGAGCGUAGCGGUGCCGUUGCGUUUGCAUCAUUCGCCAAUUCCUCUGCCGUUGCAACACCAUCAGCAGCAGCAUCAACAACAACAACAACACCAGCAACAUCAGCAGCAUCAGCAGCAGCAACAUCUUCAAAUGCCAUUUGGUGGCAGCAUUUCACCGCAACAAUCGCCGGAGCAGCUGGCAAAACGGCGUAACUGCAGUUAUAGCAAUGAUAUUACCAGCUCGCUUAGUUCCAGCAAGUUGCAUAGCAACAAGCGUAAACUGUACGAUAUGCGAGAGAAACUUCGUUUGACAAGCGGCAACACAACCACAACUACGGCUAACGGCAAUAGCAGCUCACCAGAAAAUUCGCCUCAUCAACAUGCGUCUAAAAUACAGCGCAAGCAGCCCACGUCCGACUUACACCUGGAGCAAUUGACAAAGACGCAAAGCACACCAUUAACACCGUUGCCACCGACGCCAGCACAACGCACAGCUUCGGCACCACCGCUGCAGUCUACAGCGCCACAGGAAGAGGCGGCACCGAAACCUAAACUUACGUUGUUCAAUGCACAACAGCAGCGGGAGCAGCCGCAGUCAUUAGAUCUAGACAGUCCCGAUGUGGAUGCCGGCGAAUAUGCGGGCAUACAAUUUGUGAAGCCUAAACAACAGAAUUCAUUCAACGGCGUCAAGAAUUCCAGCUUGGAGCGUACGCAGAAAACCAAAUUGGCGCUAAUGCUGAGCAGUUUGCGUGGGGAAAUCUAUCAGGAUGAAACGGAGAUACAAGUGAACGAUGAACCUGAUGCGAAGCCGCAACCCACAGCGCCAACGACAACGACAACGGCAACUGUUGCACCCUUAACAACUGUAACAACAGCCACAACAUCAACAACAACGACAACGACAAAGCCAGUUAUUCUAAGCGUUACAACUUUUUUGCCUGCAUCCAAUUUGGGUACAGCUACAGCUACAACUACAACAACAACAGCAAGCACAGCAGCAACAUCUGCUUCUACUAAUACAGCUACAAAAACAACAACAACAACAAGCAACCCGUUGCCUUUGCUUGCAUUAAACAACCCGGUAUCAGAGAAAGCAACAACGAUAACAAACAACACCGAAACGUCAAAAAGUUCGAGUGCGAACGCAGCAGGCGCUGUUUUAACUGGCUUUAAACUGCCAACAAUAGAAACAUCUACCACAGCGGCAACAUUUGGCAACUUAACAGUAACUACAGCAGCAACAGCAACAACAAGCGCGACAAUGUUUUCGUUUGGCAAUACUGGAGCAUUAAAAACAACAACGUCAAAUGCAUCUACAAACGCAGUGACGACAAUAACAACCAGCGCGCCAAUAUUUGCAUUUGGAAAUGCUGCAGCUUCAGCGACAACAACAACAGCAGCAGCAACAAACAAUGUUGUAACUACCACAAUAUCAGCUAAAACGCCAAUGUUUGCAUUUGGCAAUGCUGCUACGGCAGCAGCAACAACAGCCUCAGCAGGAGCAACAAUGACGACAUCAGCGACCACCAACAAAACAUUCUUGUUCGGCAAUGCAACAAGCAACAAUGCAGCAGCAACAGGUGCCACAGCAACGCCAGCGUUUAAGGUGGAUAACUGGUCGGCUAAGCCAUUAGAAUUGGGAGCCCCUAACAACAACAGCGGCAACAACAACAGCUUUGGUGCCGCAUUUAAAUUACCCACAGCGACUACGACUGCAACUGCAGCAACACCAACAACACCAGCGACAACAACAAAGAGUGCAGAGCCAACGAAGCUAUUUAGCUUUGGUGCAAAAGCAGUCCCCACAGCAGCAGCAGCAAUUGCACCGACAACAGCAGCAACGCCGAUUUUCGGUCAAGCAACAACUGCAACAGCCACGCCGGUUUUUGGGCAACAGACAUCAACUGCACCAGCAACAACGGCAAUGCCUAUUUUUGGCCAAGCAGCUGCAGCGACAUCUACACCGUUUGGCUUCAAUGCAGUAGCAACAACUACCGCUCCUGCAGCAACAGCAAGUGCUGCUAGCAGCUCCAAUAUGUUUACAUUUAGCGGUGCUGGUGGUGGCGCUGUGUCCAAGCCUGUCGCAAAAGCAGCGCCAUUUACAUUACCCAGCAGCAACAGCAAUAACAGCGGCGCUAACAAUACCAGCACCAACAAUAUGUUUAGCUUUGGCGGCGGCGACAUGUCAAAAACUGCAACAACAGCAGCAGGAGGACCCAACAGCUUUAGUUUUAAUGGUGCAACAUCUGCACAACCAGCAGCCAAUUCAAAUAACUUUAGUUUUAAUGCCACACCCAAACAAACGCCUAUCUUUGGUGGCAACAGCAGCAACACGACUGCAACUGCAGCUAAACCUUUUACAUUUGGCGGCACUGCUGGCACAACGGAUCAACAGCAGCAACCACAGCAGCAAUCGGCACCAGCAACAUCAGGCAUGGGACAACAACAACAACCACGAGCUGGUGGUUUCUCUUUUGCCGCUGUGGCACAGAAAAAUGAAUCAACAAAUUUGUUUAGCUCACCAGCAGCACCAGCUGCCACGGGCAUUGUGAAGCCUAGUUUUAAUUUUGGCGGCAGUUCAACGCCAGCAACAACUACAGCACCACCGCCAGCUGCCACUUUUGGUGGGUUUGCAACACCAGCGCCGCCUGCUAGCAAACCAUUUGCAUUUGGUGGCGCUGCCACAACUGCUCCAGCCAAUAAUGCUGCAUCUCCCAUGGGCGGUAAUUUAUUUGCCAACGCUGUUGCCGCUGCACAGCAGCAGCAACAACAACAACAACAUCAUCAUCAACAGCAGCAACAACAACAACAGCAGCCCAAGCCGGGCGGCUUCUCCUUCUCGACAACUAACAAUAAUAGCGGCAACAACGGCAUUGCUGCAACACCAGCAAAUGUCAAUGCACCAUUUGCUUUUGGUGGCAUCACAUCGCCACCACAGAACAACAAUACGGCCAAACCUUUUACAUUUGGUGCCAGUGCAAACAAUGCGCCAACGUCUAAUAUCUUUGGCAAUCCUACAGCUGCGGGUGGACCAACGGCUCCCCCCAAUGGUGGAGCAUUUAAUUUUGGAGGCACUGCAUCACCCGCACCUGAAAUGGCAUCAACGGCACAGCAGCUUAAUAGUGGCAAUGUCUUUGCUCUGCCCAAUACACCGGAAAGUCGACCAAUAAGAAGAGCUACGCGGCGUCUCCAAAAGUAGGGAUAGAAUCUGAAGCGGGACUAACAUAUAAUGAUGGAAACUUAGGUUAUCAAAAUAUAAAGGAAAAUGAAUGUUACACACUUAUAUUUUAGGUCUAUAUAAUAUUAGAUUAUUUGCGCAUAAUAAACGCUGUUAAACAAGUUGAAUAAAUGCUUAUCAGCAGUUUUGUGAUCAGA